AUGCUGGCUGCGGCAGCAACCGCUAAUGCAGCACUGGUUCCAGCUGGUGGAGAUGUCCCAUCUCAAGCACCUGACACCUCCAAUCAAGCAUCCGGAACAAGUAAAUUUGGUGCAAGCACUCCCAGUCAAAACUUGCAACAACCAGUUGAUCAAUCCGAUACAAGCACUUCUGGACAAAGACAAAGACACCCAGCUGAUGAGUCCCAUCCAAGCACUUCCAGACAAAGUCGAAAGGAUUCAACUGAUGAACCCCAUUCAAGCACUUCCAAAAAAGGUCAAAAACAUUCAACUGGUAAAGCCAAGUCAAGCAGUGCAGAUUUUGAGCCAAAGACUCUAGUAGACGAAGAAAUUCAGCAAGAAUUCGAUGAUCUAAAAGAAAAAGUUAAAUUGCUUCAAAAGAAACAAAAGGAAAAGUGCAAAUUUUAUCUCGAUAGUGUGAAGGAAAGAAUGGAACAAGGAUCAGCAUCAGCAAAUGACCGAGAGAAAUCUGGACUAAAACACAAUCCAAAGGUUGAAAAGCGAUUGAAAAAAGAGUGUCAAAAAGCAAUACAAAAAACAGAGGCUUUUAAAGAAGAAUUAAUCCAGUUUGCGAUAAAGCAUGGCUUGAUAUUGAAUUUGAAUUGA